AUGUCUGGCGCAUCAAACCAUCCGCGAACCAGCACAACUGACCCCCCCAAACCCAGUCUCACGUCCUGUCCCCCUAUCUUUGUCCUCUCGACCCAUUUGUCACUGGAAGAGCUGCAUGAUGUUGAAGAAAAUCUUGAGCUGCGCGGUGCAUCGUUGACGUAUGACCCCUCCGAGGCAAGGCUGGUUCUGGGGAGAGUUCGGCAGAAGAAGAGGGCCGCAUUGGAACUGAGGGCUCAUGGUGUCUGGACGGAGGAAGUUCACCCUUCAAGUGCGCUCUCUGAUCAUGAGCCUCCUGAGAAACGGAGGCGGGUUGAUCCGAAGACUCGAUGGGGUCCUGUUGAUCUUACUUCAGAGGGGCGGAGAUCACCGUCACCGGAUGGGCUAUCUGUCGCAUCUGGUCCGUCGGUUGCGUCGACAGUCUCCUCUGAUGGAGCUAUGGAUGUGAUCAAAGUUGUUAGAUUGGAGUGGUUGGAUAAAUCCAUCGCGUCGGGGUGCCUGCUCCCCGUGGAUCUGUUCGUUGUGUACCAGGCUCGCAUUACGGAGCGCCCUGAAGAAUUCGAGCACCAUCACGAGGGCAGUAGAUCAAGGAGAACCCCAGUCACUGUUGUUGGGGGUCAGAUAUUGCAGCGAGCGAAAGCGGAUGCCACGUUACAACCCUCUGCGGCAGUUUCUUCGAACCGGUUUUUAAGUCGUCGAACGAAGGAGCAAGACCACGGUCAACGUCCACCGCCGAAACUACAUCGACAGACUACAUCCGAGCAUGAUGAGGCCAUUCCAAUGCCGCCGGCUCCAGAUUGGGUCAAGAACCACGUCAAGUACGCCUGUAUGCGCUCUACGCCACUCCACCCACCGAACGAGACCUUUAUCAACCAGCUCUUGAAGAUCCGAAGGAUCAGAGAAUUAACGCUUGACGAAGUUGGGGUCCGAGCCUACAGUACCUCUAUUGCUGCCAUAGCGGCAUACCCUUACGAACUUCGAACGACUAAGGAAGUCCUUUCUCUACCGGGCUGUGAUAUGAAAAUUGCCAACCUCUUUGCAGAAUUCAGAGAUAGUCCCAACGACAUCAUUUCGGCAGCAAAGGUGCUCGACACCGACCCCACUCUAAAAACCCUGAACAAAUUCUAUAGCAUCUGGGGUGUAGGCGCCAAGACAGCCCGCGACUUCUACUACUUCCGCCACUGGCGUGAUCUAGACGAUAUCGUGGAGUAUGGCUGGAACACACUCCCGCGCGUGCAACAGAUCGGCGUCAAGUACUACGACGAGUUCAGAGAAGGGGUUCCUCGGAAAGAGGUCGAGGAGAUUGCAAGGACGGUUCAUCGACAUGCGAAUCUUGUUCGUCCGGACUCGUCGUAUGACGGACGCGGAGUCGAGUGCGUCAUCGUCGGCGGCUACAGACGAGGGAAAGAGGUUUCAGGAGAUGUUGACCUCGUCCUUUCCCAUCGGGACGAGCCAGUGACCAAGAAUCUUGUGGUGGAUAUUGUCGGCAGUCUUGAGGAAGAAGGGUGGAUCACGCACACGCUUGCGUUGCAUAUGACGAGUUCUAAUAGAGAGCAGCAGACUCUCCCUUUCCAUGGAGGGGGCACCAGGAAGCAUUUCGACACUCUGGAUAAAGCAUUGGUUGUCUGGCAGGAUCCUCGUUUCAACGACGACGAUGGCGGCGGCGGCGAGGAGGAAGAAAAAGAAGAACAAAAAGAAAGCCAGCAAGGCUCACCCAAAAGAAAACAACCUAAACGCAACCCUAACCCCCAUCGACGCGUCGAUAUCAUCAUCUCCCCCUGGAGAACAGUCGGCUGUGCCGUACUGGGCUGGUCAGGCGAUAUGACCUUUGAGCGCGAUCUACGGCGGUACACGAAGAAAGUGCAUGGCUGGAAAUUUGACUCCAGCGGUGUGCGGGAGCGAAGGAGCGGCGGCCGUGUCAUUGAUCUUGAGGGAUCUGGGAGGACAUGGGAGGAGAGAGAACGGCUUGUUAUGGAAGGGCUGGGGGUUGGUUGGAGGGAUCCGACAGAGAGAUGUUCACGGUGA